AGAAAACAACGCUAUGGCAAAAGUUUCAAGAUUUGAACUUGGACGGCAAGUCCGUCUACCGUGACGGCUAUCACCGCCAGCCUCAACGAACGGCAUUUACCGUCUUGCUCUCAUUUAAAACAAUGAGGCAGAGAGCUUCUGUAAAGGAGGGAAAUGUGGUGGAAGCGGACGUUGAUGUGGAUCUUGAACUAGUGGCAGUGGAAUCCAGGAGAAUUAGACUGUUGUCCAAAAGAAUGGAAAAGCGUACAGUGCUGAGAAUGUCCCUUAUCUCUUCGGAGUAAGGUUUAUUUAUGAGGAGCAGUUUACCAAUCUCGAAGAAUCCAUUUGAGAUAUCAAAACUGGUGGAGAGAGUGCUGGGUAAAGUGAAGGCUGUGAGGAUCGUGAGAGGCAGCCGUGUUUAGAUUUUUUUUUUCAUUAGACGUUACACGAUUUGAGAAGUUUGACGUGUUGCGUUUGUCUCUUCGGAAACAGGGCACUCCUCAAGGGGGUAAAAUCUGGCUUCUCAAUGGAAGUCGAUGUUACAGAGAUGAAAACUUUUCCUAGAGUGAUUGAUGCACGUUGGAUGAAUCGUGUGGUGAAUAAAGAAAAAGUGAAGAGCAUCUGUUCUUUUUUAAAAUGUUUAUAUGGAGUCUCUCCCUACUCAAGUGCAGUUGGGGUAUAUAAAUGUUUGCAGAGGGGAGAAGCUGAGAUGUCCAAGUUGUGAAAAAGAUCAUAUCAUGUGUUUUAAAAGUGAUGAAAAUGUGACAUGUUGCAAUUGUGGUGGGAACCAUAAAGCUACUUCUUUGGAAUCCUGACAAGGGUAAAAGAGAAUGUGACAUGUUGGCUAAAGUGGCUAAAGCCAGGGCUGUCCAGAGCAUAUCAUAUGCAGCGGGUGUUAAAAGGACUGAGGGUUCGAAUGGUAUUCCUGAGCAGUCCAUGGUGGUGGAUAGGCCUUCACUGCAGGCUGCAGUUAACUUGCCUUUCACUAACAGGACCCAGAUAUUUUAAAAGUUAAGAAUCGACUUUGUGACCUUUUUUUUUUAUAGCUAUAGUGAUUAAUGGCACUGCCAAGGUGGAGAGGAAGUCCAGGAAAAUAGAUAUUACCAUGGCUGUGGCGGAGCGGUUCCUCGGACUGAAAGACUUCUCAGCGGAGGAGUUGCAUGGAGUAUUGUCACAAGCCGUACCACCCUCUCAGUCCCUAGAGCCUGAGAAGGGAAAUACGUUGAUUUGAAGGAAGGAAUAAGUCUGAGUUUUGUUUUUGUCAACGUACUAUUUUUAUUUGGUUGCAUUCAGUUAGUUUUCCCUAUCAAAUGGAUGUUCUUUUUACCUUGUUUUUUCAACCCUGUCCAGUUGGCAAUACACCUUUUUGGGUUGUAGUUUGCCAUGAAACCUACAGAAGAAGAAGAAAACAAUGACAUCAGUUUCCAAGAUGGCUUGGACGUUUCGUUUCGUGGUUCCAGGGGGGCCAGCUUUGCCCAAAUCCUCAAUAAAAUUAUUUGUGCCCCACUUGGAUUGGCGGUGGCAUACAUUUCUCUGGCUGUCUCAGAAGCUAACAACAACCUCCUUGACCCAGCAUGUAACACACCCAAUGGUGGUGGCAUCAGACCGAAAAGCAUUCCCCAAGAGUUAAUUGACUGGUACAAGCGAAGUCAGACCCACGCGGUGUCAGCUCUGUACCUACUUUCUCAGGUUCUACAGUUUCAGCUUGAGUUAAAGGAAACGGUAACCACAGGGCGUAAGAACCCCAUCAACGAACAUGUUCCCCAGACAGUGAGAGAGUUGCUGAGUAAGAUGAUUGACAGCUACCCCGAGUUCUCUGUCUGUGGGAGCACAGUGGCAGCAUUUGUCACGCAGUCAUGUAUGCAAGGAGGCACAGUCUUCUACUAUGAGAAUUCCAAGAGUGUGCAAAGCUGUCAUCAAUGCAAAGGGAGGCUACUUUGAAGAAUUUAAAAUGUAAAAUAUAUUUCA